AUGUUAAUUGGUGGUGCUGUCCACUUUGUGAUUUGCAGCAAUGAUGGAUUGCUAGCUUUUGUGGAGAACUUUGUUAAGGACCACUUUUUACCGACUAUGUUUGUGGACUACCGAAAAGGCGUACAGCAAGCCAUAUCAAGCAAGUCUUUAUACUGUUCUGAUUGUUCAUUCCGUAUUCAUGUUUUGGGCACUAUGUUUGGCUCCUAUUAUGGUCCAGCUGCAUUUCGACCGAGAGCACAUGUGGCUGCUGCUUACACUCCUUCAAUUGAGAAGGGUCGACCUGUGUUGCAAGGAUUAUUGGCUAUAGAUCACUUGACAAAGGAGGUGCUUGGCUGGGCACAAGCAAUGCCCAAGUUUGCCAAUGAUCUUGUGAAGUAUGUGCAAACUUUUCUGGAGAGGACUUAUGAAAGAUGUCGGACUGCAUACACGGAGGCUGUUCUUGAGAAGCAGAGUUAUAUGCUUAUUGGGAGACAUGAUGUUGAGAAACUGAUGAGGCUUGGCCCCUCAAGUGCAUAUUUAGCAAAUCUUCUCGGUCAGUUUAAUGUGGAAAGUAAUUCAUCUGAUGCUGAAACAAUUGAGGCUGAAUUAGAACUAAGUGAAUUAAUGCUAAAUUUGCGUCCUAUUAAGCAGGAAAACCUAAUCCAUGAUGACAACAAACUUAUUUUGUUGGCAUCCCUUAGUGACUCAUUGGAGUAUGUUGCAGACGAUAUUGAAAGGCUUGGACAGACAACUCAUAGACCGUCAAAUCAUGUUGGAUCAAAAAACCAUCACAGUCGUUCUGACAGCAGCGCACCUUCAAGGAGUCUAGCUUCGUUUGCUCAAGAUUAUAGGAAACUAGCAAUUGAUUGCCUCAAGGAAAUGGCAAAUACAGAAUACUUGGAUGACCAAGACGCUGAAGAGCCAGAUGACUUCAUAAUUUCGCUCACUUCACAGAUAACUCGAAGAGAUGAGGAAAUGGCUCCUUUUAUUUCAAGUCCAAAGCGGAACUACAUAUUUGGUGGAAUUUGUGGGGUUGCAGCAAAUGCAUUUGUUAAGGCUUUGGCGGAUAUGAAAUCAAUCAAUCUUUUUGGCGUUCAGCAAAUUUGUCGAAAUGCUAUUGCAUUGGAACAGGCGCUGGCAGCUAUUCCGUCCAUAAAUAGUGAAGCAGUGCAACAAAGAUUGGAUCGAGUCCGCACCUACUAUGAACUAUUGAACAUGCCAUUUGAGGCAAGCACUCCACCGUUUACAACGAUUUCAAUAAAUAAGUCCCCGGGCUACGUUCAUAGGAAAAGCUCAUAG